UAUAUAAAACGUCGAUUUAAACUUUCAUCAUACUUAUGUGGUUGAUAUAAAUUACCAAUAAUGGGUUAUGACGAUGUUAUAUCACAUUUAGGCGGAUUUGGUCGUUAUCAAAAACGUGUUUACUUUUUAAUAUGUUUACCGGCAAUUUCUUGUGCAUUUCAUAAAUUAGCUGGAGUAUUUUUAUUAGCAAAACCCGAACAUAGAUGUCUUUUACCAUUUGAAAAUGAUACUAAAACAAUUGAAUAUGAAUUGCCAACAUCUUUAUUAAAUACUUCAUAUCCGUAUGAUAAUUUACUUGGUAAAUAUUCACAAUGUGAAUAUUUUUGGAAUGAAAGUACAAUACAUUGCUCAAAAUGGGUUUAUGAUAAAAGUAAAUAUAAGAAUAGUGCUGUUACAGAAUGGGAUAUGGUAUGUUCACGUUCAUGGUUAACGGCAACAUCCGAUUCAUUAUUUAUGCUUGGUGUAUUAUUAGGUAGUAUUAUAUUUGGUCAAAUGAGUGAUAAAUAUGGAAGAAAACCAAUAUUUUUUGCAUCAUUAGUCAUUCAAUUAAUCUUUGGAAUAUUAGCUGGCAUAGCACCAGAAUAUAUAACAUAUACAAUAUCAAGAAUAAUUAUUGGGGCAACAACGUCAGGAGUUUUUCUAGUUGCAUAUGUAAUAGCGAUGGAAAUGGUUGGUGCAAGUCAUAGAUUAUUUGCUGGCGUUGUUUGUAUGAUGUUCUUUUCCGUCGGUUUUAUGUUAACCGCUGCUUUCUCCUAUUUUAUAACUGAUUGGAGGCAAUUACAAAUUGUAUUAACAUUACCUGGAGCGUUAUUUAUGUGCUAUUAUUGGUUUAUACCAGAAUCCGCUCGUUGGUUACUAUCAAAAGGACAUAAAAAUAAAGCGAAAAAGUUAAUACUCAAAGCAGCCAAAGCAAAUAAAGUUUCAUUGUCUGAUGAGUUACUCGAUAAUCUCUUAGAUGAUGAUAUUAGUAAAAAAGUAGUGAAUGAAAAGAAAGAUUCAUUGUUUGAUUUGUUUCGUUACCCAAAUUUGAGGCGGAAGACUUUAUUAAUAUUUUUUGAUUGGUUCGUUAACAGCGGUACAUACUAUGGUCUGUCAUGGAAUACCAGUAAUUUGGGGGGCAACGAUUUGUUAAAUUUUGUGAUAUCUGGUGCAGUUGAAUUUCCUGCUUAUAUAUUUUUAUUAUGUACAUUAAAUCGUUGGGGACGUAGAUCAAUUUUAUGUGGUUGUAUGAUAUUUGCUGGUUCAAUGCUUUUAUUAACUGCGGUAGUACCUGAAGAUAAAAAUUGGUUAAUUGUAAGCUUAGCUGCUUUGGGAAAAGCUGCUAUUACAUCCAGUUUGGGAACUGUUUAUAUAUUUUCAGCUGAACAAUUUCCAACUGUUAUACGUAAUGUUGGUUUAGGUGCAUCUUCUAUGGUUGCUAGGAUUGGUGGAAUAUUAGCCCCAUAUUUUAAUUUAUUAGGAGAAAUAUGGAAACCAUUUCCAAUGAUAAUUUUUGGAGGAAUGGCAUUUACUGGUGGUUUAUUAUCACUUCUUUUACCAGAAACUCUAAAUAAACCAAUGUUAGAAACUAUAGAAGAAUGUGAAAAUUUUGGGAAGAAAGCAAAGAAUUUAGUAAAAGAUAUGGAAAAUGCACAAAAUGGUCAAGAAUUAAAGCUUUUGAACAAUUCAAAAAAGAAUUUAAAUGAAAAUAAUAUUAAAGAUAGUGAAACAACCGCAGUACCUAUCCAAUCUUAGAAAUAAUGAUUACCUUAUUAUUUUUUUUAAAUUAAUGAUAAUAUAUUCGUUUAGCAUGUAAGUAGAAGAUAACAAUAGGGCAUUUUUUUAAAAUAAUAUAGCAUUAUACUAGUUGAGUUUUUUAUAUUUUGUACAAUUUUUGUUCUUGUUUUCCAUAUGCGAGU